UUCUCUUUUUCACUUCAUCCUUCUUUUCUUUUUUAUUUUUUUUUUUGAAAAAAAAAAAAAAAGAAAACUACUACACUCUAGCCUAAGUACUAGGAGUGCAUUUGUUAAGAAGAAGAGGGUUCUUUUUUAUUUAUUUGUUUUAACUUAUUUUGUUAAAGAAAAAGAAAAUAAAACACCCACAUAAAGAUGGGUAGGAUUCCAUGUUGUGAGAAGGACAACGUGAAAAGAGGGCAAUGGACUCCAGAAGAAGACAACAAACUCUCUUCUUACAUCGCCCAACACGGCACCCGGAACUGGCGUCUCAUUCCCAAGAAUGCUGGACUCCAAAGAUGUGGGAAGAGCUGCAGGCUCAGGUGGACUAAUUAUCUUCGUCCUGAUCUCAAGCAUGGCCAAUUCUCCGAUGCUGAAGAACAAACCAUCGUCAAUCUUCAUUCUGUUGUUGGCAACCGAUGGUCAUUAAUAGCAGCUCAGCUUCCUGGCCGAACCGAUAAUGAUGUUAAGAAUCACUGGAACACUAAGCUGAAAAAGAAGCUUUCCGGUAUGGGUAUUGAUCCAGUCACCCACAAAACCUUCUCACACCUCAUGGCUGAGAUAGCCACCACACUAGCACCACCACAGGUGGCUCACCUAGCAGAAGCAGCUCUGGGUUGUUUCAAGGAUGAAAUGCUUCACCUGCUCACUAAAAAGCGCAUCGACUUCCAGUUGCAACAGCCGAACUCAAAUGCAGCACCAGGGAACACCUCAUUGCCUUACAUUGUUACCAAACGUGAUGACAAUGAAGACACCAUUGAGAAAAUCAAGCUUGGUUUAUCAAGGGCAAUGCAAGAACCUAGCAUGAUACCACCAAAUAAGACCUGGGAAUCUGCCGGUGCAACAUCUGCAAAUUUUGCAGGGGAAUGCAGUGGUUUCCCUGCAUCAAUCACUGGAUUUCAAUGUGGUCCGUCUUCUUUCGGCAAUGAAGGGGCUGUAUCAGCAUGGAGCCAGAGUAUGUGCACUGGAAGCACAUUUACAGCAGGAGAUCAACAAGGCCAAUUGCAUGAAAAACUAGAGGAUGAAAAUGGGGAGGAUUCUGAAGGGAGGAAAGAGAUCAGGAAUGGCCCCAGCAUAUUCAAUACAGACUGCGUAGUAUGGGAUUUACCAUCUGAUGAUUUAAUGAAUCCUAUAGUUUAAGGAAAUUUAAACAGCAGAGAACACAAGACAAGCCACCCUACUCAAUAAAAAUAAUACUA